ACAGGCGCGUGCGCGGACUCCUGCCGGGGGUCCUUUAAUUACUGUCUUCGUUCAAGAUGGCUACAGCGCUGCAUUUCCCUGCUAACUUUUCUACUUUAAACAAUUAUAAUGAUUUAUAUCCUGACUGGACGCAGAGGGAGGUCAGCACCGGGACCACCAUCAUGGCGGUGGAGUUCGACGGAGGAGUGGUGAUGGGGGCGGACUCGCGCACCACGACCGGCGCUUACAUCGCUAACCGCGUGACGGAUAAACUCACUCCCAUCCACGAGCGGAUCUUCUGCUGUCGCUCAGGAUCGGCGGCCGACACGCAGGCCAUCGCCGACGCCGUCACCUACCAGCUGGGCUUCCACAGCAUCGAGCUGGACGAGGCUCCUCUGGUGCAGACGGCCGCCAGUCUGUUCAGGGACAUGUGCUACAGGUACAGAGAGGAGCUGAUGGCCGGGAUCAUCGUGGCCGGCUGGGACCGACGCCGAGGAGGACAGGUGUACACGGUGCCGGUCGGAGGCAUGAUGACCAGACAGCCGGUGUCCGUGGGAGGAUCCGGCAGCAGCUACAUCUACGGAUACGUGGACUCCAACUACAGAGCCGGGAUGAGCAAAGAAGAGUGUCUCAAAUUCACCGCAGAAGCGCUGACUCUGGCCAUGGAGAGGGACGGCUCCAGCGGUGGAGUGGUCAGGCUGGCGGUCAUCUCGGAGCAAGGCGUGGAGCGGCAGGCCAUCCUCGGGAACCAGCUGCCCAAGUUCUCCACCGUCUGAAUCUGAUCUGUGUCUGAGGCUUUCUCUUUAGAUGUUCCAAUAAACGAGAGUUCAGUCAA